GAAACGACCGUAUUGAUAAGAUUACAUCAAUAAGCAGCCGAGCGCUCCGUUUACAUUUUUUGCUUCCUCUGCUCUCUCAGCUUCAUUCAGUAGCUUCAUGAAGAUUAUCAAUGGUGGUCUCUUAUUCUCUGCGAUUCCCACUAUCUCCAUGUCCGAAUCCAAACCCACACCUCAUCUCGAAGUUUCCACUUCUACCUCCGAGGCGUUCAGAUGCUAUUGUUCUUCCACUGAAACUGAAACCUCUACCCAAUUGCCUCCAAACCCUUCGCCUCUCCUCUCUCCUAACAAAUGGCAUCCUUUUCUGAAGAAAAAGGUCGUAAUGCGUGUCGGAUACGUUGGCACAGAUUAUAGAGGUCUGCAAAUGCAACGAGAUGAACAUAGCUUAUCCACUAUUGAGAAAGAACUGGAAACAGCUAUUUUCAAGGCUGGUGGCAUCCGAGAUAGCAAUUAUGGGGAUCUGUGUAAAGUUGCAUGGGGCCGAAGUAGCAGAACAGAUAAAGGGGUCCACUCUUUGGCAACAAUGAUCUCCUUAAAGAUGGAAAUCCCUAAGAAUGCAUGGCAAGGAGACCCUUAUGGCAUUUUACUUGCUAAUUGUAUUAACUCUUACCUUCCUCACAGUAUCAAAGUCUUUAGCAUACUGCCUUCAAAAAAGAGAUUUGAUCCUAGAAGAGAGUGCAAUCUGCGAAAGUACUCUUACCUCCUUCCUUCUGAUAUUAUAGGAAUCCAAAGUCAUCUUAGUGAGGAUAAAAUUCAAUAUCAUAUCUCGGAUUUCAACACUAUACUUAGUGCCUUUGAGGGAGAACAUCCUUUCCAUAAUUAUACUGUUAGGUCAAAGUACAGGAAAAAAAUUAAGGCAAAGCAAUUACAUGGAAAUGUUGGAAUGUCAAACAGAGCAAACACACCUGGUAUGAUAUCAGCUUCUGAAUCAGAGACUGAGGAAAGUGACGGAGAAGAUUUUGAAGGUUGUGGGCCGUCCACUUCAAGCAUUGAGGAACAGAAGCAGGAAUCUUUAGACAUUGAUGCUUCUAAUUUAAAUUAUAAAAACUCUCGUUCAGCUGUUUAUGCAAGAUGGUUAUAUGAGCCUGAUGGGACUGAUAAAUUAAAUGCUUCCCAUUUCAGAAGGGUUUUUCAUUGUUCUUGUGGGAAGUUGGAAAAUUCACUUGGAUAUGAUUAUGUUGAGAUCAACAUAUGGGGGGAGUCAUUUAUGUUACAUCAAAUACGCAAAAUGAUUGGAACAGCUGUGGCAGUAAAGAGGAACUUACUCCCAAGAGACGUUCUUGCGUUGUCACUGGUUAAAUUUUCUCGAAUUGUGCUCCCCCUUGCCCCAGCAGAAGUUUUGAUUUUAAGGGGAAACACAUUUAGGAUGAGAGCAAGUGCUGGAAACAUGACAAGGCCUGAAAUGGUGUCUAUGGUUGAAUCAGAACAAAUUCUUCAGGCAGUUGAUGACUUUUAUGUAUCUGUUAUGCUGCCUAAAGUUUCAAUGUUCCUAGAUUCAUCAAGCUCUCCUUGGGCAGAUUGGGUUGAGAAAUUGGAUAGGAACUCAAGCAUUCCAAAUGCUGAAUUGGAUGAAGUCAGGAAGGCUUGGAAAACAUGGAAGGAAAAGAGAUCAAAUCCUGCAUUAGAUUCAUAGUGAAUGUAUGUAAUUGAGGUAUACAUGUGCCAAUUCAGAGUUCAGCAUUGAAAAUAAUGCAGCAUCUGAUAUGGUCAUAUCUUGACUAGUAGACUCACCUGUUUGUUGAUAUUUAUCUGAAUUUGGUGGAAACCAGUUCAUGAUCUAACUGUUAACUGCAGUUUAUGAAAGUAGUACGAGCAGAUAAUCCAGAAUUUUUCUUCUUUUUCCAAA